UAUUCAAAAUCAUUCCUUGAAGAACCUUCCUAGGAUGAGGGUUUGGGUUGGUCUUCUCCUUUCUGCUCUUGCAGUUUCUGCGAACAAAUCAUAUGAUGGAUAUAAGGUUCUCCGAACUGAAAAACUAUCUGCUGAUACCUCCGCUACCCUGAGAAAGGUUCAAACCUCCUCUAACACUGUGGACUUCUGGACCGAACCAGCUCCUGGCAGGAGAGCAGACAUGAUGGUUAAAAGCGAGCUGGUCUCUGAGCUGGAAGAGUUCUUGACCCACCACAAUAUCAAGUUCCACACUAUGGUUGAGGAUGUUGAGAGCUUGGUUCAAGAGGUUGAGCUGUCCAGAAAAAAGAUCAAGACCAGCAACAACAAGGCUUAUGAUCUUGACUGGACUGAUUACUAUGAUCAUGAUACAUUGAACCAGUUCUUGGAUGCUCUUGCUGAAGCAAAUGACUUCGCUGAGGUGAUCAAUAUUGGUAAAACCUAUGAGGGACGUGACAUGAAUGUUCUGGCUAUCACCAAAGCUGGACCUGGAGCUCCCAGUGUUUGGUUGGAAGCUGGAAUUCAUGCUAGAGAAUGGAUUGCACCCGCUGUUGCAACAUUCAUCGUUAGAGAACUGGUUGAGGAUUAUGCUGAGCACCCAGAUUAUCUGGAUANCCUCCCCCUCACACCCUGCACAAGAUCAAUACUUGAUCCAAGGAUUCUCAGUUCUGGUUUGUUUAGUUACAUGUACAGCCAUGAGAAGGAUCGUAUGUGGAGAAAGACAAGAUCAGAUACUGGAUCCCUCCUGGGCUGCAAGGGAGUUGAUCCCAACAGAAACUGGGGAUUCCAUUUUGGAGAGAGUGGAGUCAGCAACGACAAGUGCUCUGAUAUCUACCCUGGACCUGAGGCCUUCUCCGAGAUUGAGAUGUUGAACAUCAAGAACUUUGUAGAAUCUCUAGACCCUGUCCCAAUCCUAGGACAUUGCUUCCACUCCUACUCCCAGCUGUGGCUGUGGCCCUAUGGCUAUGAUUACAAUGCGCUCCCAGAGAACUGGGAAGAAAUUGAACAGCUUGCCAUUGAUGCUAGUGAUGCUCUUUACCAGGUUCAUGGAACUGUUUUUGAUCCCAUCAACUCUGCUGAUCUUUAUCCCGCUGCUGGGGCUAGUGAUGACUGGUACAAGGGUAGCCUAGGAACUAGGUUUGCUUUCACCACAGAGCUCAGAGAUACCGGCAGACACGGAUUUGUUUUGCCCGCGGACCAGAUCAUCCCUAGCGGUGAAGAGAUGUGGGCUGGGUUUGAGGUUGUAAUCAACAGACUUAUCGAGGUCUCUGAGGCCGAGAAGCAGUAAUUUUGUGAAUUUCAGUUUUUUGUCAAAUUAAUAAAUUAUCUAAAAACAACUUAA